AUGCCGAUUGAGACCACGGCCUCGAACAAGCUUCGAACGAAACAUAAUUUAUUCACAUAAGAGCAUAGGAUAUUAGGAAAGUAACAAAAAGCCAGCGGUCUCUAAGUGCCCAUCGUCUUCCAGUCGCCCACUAGCAGCCCAUUAGGUUCCCAUCCCGGCUCCAGUCGAUAGUGCCACAUUUCCUACCCCAUACCCCAACACCGAGACCACAAUGGGUCGCCGCAAAAACUACAUCUCAGACGACGGCGACAGCUCCGGAGACGACGAGCGUAGCAACGGACGCUACCCCAACGAAGAGCCUGGCGUCGCCAACGCUGAUCUAGCAGAAGAAGCCGCGCUGUUCGCGAACCCGUAUGGGCACGGUCGAAAAAGGCGGCGGGGGAAGGAGGAUGCCAUUUACGGCGUUUUCGGAGAGAGUGACGAGGAAGGGGAUAAAGCGAGGUCUGGAGGGAGAAGUGGAGGUCGGGGCGGGAGGGGUGGGAGGUACGUGACGGGUGUGAACUUCGUUUCAGCGAAAGCUCCGCCAUCACGCCGCCAGGACGACGAGGACGAGGAUGAGGAUAAGGACGAGGACGAGGAUAACGAGGAGGGGAGGCGGCAAGAAGAUGACGAUGAUCCGAUGGACGUGGAUGAAAAGCCAUCGUUUGGUGCAGGCCUGGGAUUCGCAUCACAUGGAGACGAGAUGGAGGACGCGCGGCCAGGAUUUGGGGCCGCCAACGGCUUUGGACUCGGUUUUGGUAGAGCGGGCCUGGGGGCAUCGACGUCGAAUGAACAGAAUGCAGACACCGAUGGAUCGAGUACGGACUUUAGGCCAACUAUGGGAAGCUUUCCAACUGCGUUCGGCAAUCAGAAGAAGUCAAAAGCACGGACAGAAACUGCAUCGCCAAGGUCAUCGCCCACGCCUGCGUACAGGGCGCCUCGCCAACCGGUUGACAGAGACUUUGGAAGAUUCGAUACUUCUGGCAUCGCUGCCAAGAUGAUGGCGAAGAUGGGGUAUAAGAGGGGAGAGGGUCUCGGAAAGUAUGGAGAAGGAAUAGCAGCCCCAAUCGACGUGAAGCUGCGGCCGACACGAGCCGGACUGGGUCUGGUAGACGAACGAACCGAUGCGAUCAAGAAGGAACAGCGAGAGAAAGCCCUUCAGGAAGACGACAGCGAUGAAGCAGACCGGACACCUGCUCCGAAGAAAGAGGUUCGCACGGGACAGUGGAAACAGAACGCGAGGAAGCCCAAAGUCGCUUACAAGAGCGCUCAAGAGCUGAUAGCGGAUCAGGAAGCGGUGCCAAUCACCACGACGGGCGCCACGCAGGCGACCAAAAUCCUGGAUAUGACGGGUCGGGAGGUGCGCGAGCUUGCCAACGUCUCGGAAGUAGCGUCAAGUAGCGCUGCAUUUGACGUAACGGCCGCGAGAUUGCCUGAGCUCCGCCACAAUGUACGUCUGCUUGCGGAUAUGGCACAGCAAGACUUGCUGCAGAUAGGUCGCCAACUACGGAUAGAACAGACGAAGAGGAAGCAGUUGGAGAACCAACAGGAGAAGAUCGCCCUGCAUGUCGAAGCUGAGCGCAAACAAACCGUUCAGCUAAAAGCCGUGAUGGAGAUCGCCAAUGAAUGCCAAACGUAUUCGAAGCAGUUUACGGUCAACUUCGAGACGGCAAACCUCGAGUCCCUGGUGGCGGCAUUUUCGGGACCAUUCCAAAAACUGCAGACGACGUAUUUCGAGGAGUACAAGACGUAUCGGCUGGAUGAGCUGGUGGUUGCAUCUUUGACGCCGAUUGUAAAACGCCUGCUGGCGGAUUGGCAGCCACUGUCCGAUCCACGAUACGGUUCCGAUGCGUUCCGGGAAUGGAAGCGGCUGCUCAUUCUGCCAUCCCCAUCACACUAUGUAAACGGCGGCCGAGGCGAGCCAGAUAUAGGCAGUGGGUGGAUGAGUCCAUAUGAGAGCAUGAUGUACAACCUAUGGCUCCCCAAAGUCCGGCAAGCCAUCAACAACGAGUGGGAUCCCAAACACCCGGACGCAGCCAUUGCGUUAGUAGAAGCAUGGCAUCUUCCUCCAACGAGAAACAACGCGCCCGUCGACCUCGAUGCGGAUAACGACCCCUCUGUUCUUAUACCUUCUUGGCUGUAUCACAACAUUCUCGAGCAGCUGAUACUCCCAAAACUGGUGCGAGCGAUCGAUCAGUGGAAUCCUGCUCAGGACCCGCUUCCGGUGUAUACCUGGAUUCAUCCAUGGUUACCGCACUUGGCGGAUCAUAUGGAAGGCAUUUUCACUACUAUUCGGCACAAGUUUAAUGUUUCGUGGAGGGAUAGGAAGUGGACGCCGGCUGACCCGAGCGCGUUUGAAACGUUGCUUCCAUGGCGAGAGAUCUUCCGGCCAUCCGACAUGGAGUCGCUGGUCAUGAAAGCGAUCCUUCCCAAACUGGUCGAGACGCUGCAAAAAGACUUCUCCGUCAACCCCGCCAACCAAGACCUAACACCGCUGCAGAACGUGCUAACAUGGCGGCCAUUCGUCCCCAACCACCUCUUCGUCCACCUCCUCGAAACCGAGUUCUUCCCCAAAUGGCACUCGGUCCUCUGGACAUGGCUCUGCAGCCCCGGCGUAAGCGGCGAGGAAAUCACCAUGUGGUACCGCAGCUGGAAAACACAGGUGUUCCCUCCCGAUCUCGUGAAGGAGACCGGUAUCGCUAUUCAGUUCAAGGCUGGGUUGGACAUGAUGAACCGCAGCAUUGAGAUGGGUGGGGCGCGUGGACCCAUGCCUGCGAUGCCACCGCCGAUCGCGUUCUUGUCCGAGACGGCCGCUGCGGGAGGGAGGGUCAGCGGCGGCGCAGGCGGGCGAUCGCGGAUGGGAGCACCCGGCAUGUCUGCCAUGGACUCCUUCAAGGAUUACGUGGAGCGGGUUGCCAGCGAGCAUGACUUGCUCUUUGCGCCAAUCAACCGCGUGCAUCCGACAACAGGGAAGGCGCUGUUCAGGUUGGCUCCUGCCUCGAAAGCGAUCGCUGGGACCGGCGGGAUCAUUGGGUAUAUGGAUGAAGGUGUGCUCUUCAUCGAAGACGAGAAUGGUGGAUGGAAGCCGAUUGGGGUGGAGGAAGCUAUGAGUUUAGCGGCCAAGAAGAAGCGAUAGACAUCCCGGCGGCCUUACGUGUAUCUAUGUGUAAAUAGUAAUCGCAGCGGUGAGAGAGAGCAUCCAGUAGCUCAACGUUGCCUCAUGCGCAAAUUCGUCUGCUUCAUGUUAAGGGUCUCUGCGCAAAUCUGGUUUCCUUAAGUCCAGACUGAUAGACA